AUGCCUAUCUUUGAGAGGCAGAACUUCCGAUUCGGCCGGUCAGAGAGCGACAAAGACUGUCCCACGGUAUCUGUAGGGCCGGAAAUCAUCAUUACUGACUGGUUGCUAGUCAGUGUGUCGGCCGUGUUCCUCGGCCUCCGCAUUUACAGCAAGCUUCUGCGAAAAACAUGUCUGUGGUGGGACGACCAUGUUCUCCUUGUCGCUUGGCUUUGCCUCAUCCUAGAUGCCAUCGUCAACACCAUCAACAUCCGUCUUGGCUUCGGAAAACAUGUCUGUAACAUACAGAAGGACAACCUCCAGCAUAUCUACACUCUCACGCGCCUCUCUACCACGGUAAUGAUGCUGGGCGCCGUCUGGAGCAAGACUUCCUUUGGCCUGACCGUUCUACGCCUUACAAGGAACAGACCAAAGGUCAGGACACUGGUGCAGAUCAUCAUUGCAACCAUGAACUCAUUCAUAAUCUUCAACGUGAUAGCGGUAUGGGUACAAUGCGGAGUCGGGGCGCAUGGGAAAGUAGACGACGAAACAUACUGCUUGAGCAAGAGAUUCACGACUUCUUCUAUGAUGUUCGCUGGAAUAUACUCGGGUCUAAUGGACGUUGUGCUUGCGAUACUGCCCUGGUGUCUGAUAUGGGACUUGCACAUGCAACGGAAGGAGAAGAUUGGAAUCGGUAUUGCCAUGAGCAUGGGUCUCUUACUCGUUAUCUGGGGCGCCGCUGAAGUAGCCGCGACAAUCGGCGCGGCCUCCAUCCCACAAAUCCGCGUGUUAGCCCGCGAAGUCGUCAUCAUCGCGCAUCGGAGACGCGAAGGAACCAAUGGGCAGCAACAGCAGCGGCAACAGCAGCAUCAUAUGACCCAACUGAAGAACACCAAAACAAGCAAUACGACGCAGCUGAAGGAUGCCAAAACAAGCCAUGAUGACUCUGGUUCUGCAUCCGGGCCCGGUGCUGGUCCAGAUCUGGUUAAUGCCCCGGCAGCGGCAGUGAAACUCCAGCCCCGGCCAUCAAUGAUAUUGACAACCAUCCAAGUGACGUCCUCCGCUUACGGAUCCACAUCGACGGCCGCCACGGCUGAUAAAAACCGAUCAUCAUCAAACUCCAGCAUUAGCAGCUAUACGGGGUUACUUGGUGGGGUUCUUGGAGGAGUCGAACGGACGCUGAGCAGGAGCAAAAGCAAGAACCACGAGCGGCGGGACAGAUAUCCACAUCUUGCCGCCAAUAAUACUCCUCAGGGAAGGAUUUUGCAGACACAGGAGGUUAGUAUUCAGGUGCGUGAUCGGGAUAUGGACUUGAGUAAAACGGAUAUCGAACAGGCGGUUUAG